GAGGGUGCAGUGCCUCCAGGCCGAGAGGCUCGCGCUGCAGGACCGCUGCGAGCUGCUCGAGGCGGCGUGCGGCGACCUGCGGGCGGAGGUGCAGGCCCUGGCCGACCGGAGCAGGAUCUCCGAGGGCGUCUGCCGCCUCCUGGAGGAGUCCCUGCGGGCUGAUUUGGCCGCGCUGGCCGCAAAGGUCACGAGGCAGCCGCAGAAGGCAGCGGGCGGCGGGGUGCUGAAGAAGCAGGCGCAGAAGAAGCGGGCGCCAGUUGGCUUCCAAGACGACGUUCAGGAGGCGGAUGCAUGCGAAGAUGAAGAUCAUCAUGUUGCGGGUGCAGCGCGCUCGACGCGCACGCGGCAGGCCACGGCGUUCGUGCCGCGGAAGCAGGCACCAGCACCUGAGGGUGGCGUCGGAUUUGCGGACGAUGUGGAGGAGGUGAGCGUUGAUGAUGACGAGGAGGGGCCUGCUGCGAGUGCAACACGUUCAGCGCGGACACGGCAAGCCACCGCGUUCGUGCCACGGAAACAGGCGCCAGCCCCUGAGGGCGGCGUCGGGUUUGCGGACGACGUCGAGGAGGUGGAUGCGGAUGGCGAUGCGAAGGAUCAGACAGCUAGUGCAACGCGCUCGGCGCGCACGCGGCAGGCCACGGCGUUCGUGCCACGGAAGCAGGCACCAGCAGCUGAGGGCGGCGUAGAUUUUGCGGACGUCGUAGACGAGGUGAGCGCAGAGGAGGAUGAGGAGGAGCCUGCUGCAAGUGCAACGCGCUCGGCGCGCUCGCGGCAGGCCACGGCGUUCGUGCCACGGAAGCAGGCACCAGCACCUGAGGGCGGCGUAGACUUUGCGGACGUCGUAGACGAGGUGAGCGCAGAGGAGGAUGAGGAGGAGCCUGCUUUAAGUGCAACGCGCUCGGCGCGCUCGCGGCAGGCCACGGCGUUCGUGCCACGGAAGCAGGCACCAGCAGCUGAGGGCGGCGUAGAUUUUGCGGACGUCGUAGACGAGGUGAGCGCAGAGGAGGAUGAGGAGGAGCCUGCUGCAAGUGCAACGCGCUCGGCGCGCUCGCGGCAGGCCACGGCGUUUGUGCCGAGGAAGCAGGCACCAGCAGCUGAGGGUGGCGUCGGGUUUGCGGAAGACGUGGAGGAGGUGAGCGCAGAGGAGGACGAGGAGGAACCUGCUGCAAGUGCAACGCGCUCGGCCCGCACGCGGCAGGCCACCGCGUUCGCGCCGAAGCAGCGGGCCCAGGCGCCCGCGGGCGGCGGCGUCCGCUUUGCGGCGGCGGACGACGAGGAGGCGAUCGCAGACGUGGCGCCGGCGCCGGCGCCGAAGAAGCGGGCGCCGGCGCCCGCGGGCGGCGUCCGCUUCGCCGCGGAGGACGAG